ACCGGAAGUGGCCUCAUCCGGCGCAGUGCGCAUGCGCAGUGAAGGCAGCGCUAGCAGAAGACAGAAGACAGAGGAGUUUCUACAGCAUUAAUCAUUCAUCCUGUUAAUUAAUGUGUUUAUGAAUCUGCAUAAUGGCGGGAAUCAAAGCUCUGAUCAGUCUGUCGUUCGGAGGAGCGGUCGGGCUCAUGUUCCUGAUGCUGGGCUGUGCUCUUCCCGUCUAUAAUGCGUACUGGCCUCUGUUCCUGCUCUUCUUCUACAUCCUGGCACCUAUCCCAUACUGCAUCUCUCGCCGCGUGGUGGACGACACAGACUCGGCCAGCAACGCCUGUAAAGAGCUGGCCUUAUUCCUGACCACAGGCAUCGUGGUGUCCGCCUUCGGGCUGCCCAUCAUAUUCGCCCGCGCCAAUGUGAUCGCGUGGGGAGCCUGUGGUCUGGUUCUGACGGGAAACAUCGUGAUCUUCGCCACCAUCCUGGGCUUCUUCCUGGUGUUCGGCUCUAAUGAUGACUUCAGCUGGCAGCAGUGGUGAAGCCGCUCAGCUCAUCUCUGACACGUUUGGGUUUAUUUAUACGUGCCGCCCAUUGAUAGAAGCAGGAAUCCAGUGCAAUAAUUGUGUUAACUGUAAAUUCUCUGGUGACCGCGGUCAGAUGGUUUCUCUGCUGCUUGAUGUUCGUCCCAGCUACCACACUGAAUCUUUCUGUUAGUUUAUUUAUUUGUUCUCGUCUUCUGUUCGUAUUAAAAUGUGACAUCGCAGACUGAAGCUCGUUAUGUUGAUUUGAUGAUUGUGUUUUUAUUUCGUAGUGAUGCAUUUAGCGUCUUUAGAAACCCAGACAUUUCCCACAAACCCAGAGUAUCUGUUAAUCAUCUGAACACACUCAUGAAACGCAGCUCAUGUUUGUUUGAGAUGCAGACGUGCUCAUAUUCAUCAUUUCUUUCGUUUCUCUGAAUCAGACGCAGGUUUAAAGUCAACAUGAAACCUCAACACACUUCUGAAAUUAUUGUCAGUGAUUCAUCUAUGUACAUUAAAAAUGAAAUAAAUUAGGCCUAAUAAUCUGAAUUAUUUCACGUAGAGAAACUUUUCCUCUCAGUAAUUAGUGAGGGACUGAAUCAAGUCUUAUCCUGCUCUUGUGUCCUGUGGAGAAUGUGUUACACGUUUCUAUGGAAACCCUUUUCAAUCAGAAUCAAAACAUUUAAAAAUUGUUACUUUGUAUCUUUCAGUUCUGACCGUCCUCCCAAUAACUGCAAGAAAAGUCUGAAUUCUGUGUUUAUAUCUCACAACUUUCUCUUAGUUUUGUGUAAGCAUCUCACAACUAUUAUUAUUUUUUGCACAUAAUAAAAAAUGAAUCUGUAAUAAAAAAAAUAAAAUAAUAAUAAAUAUUGUGAAUCGUGAAAUAUAAAUUAAUAAUUACAUGAAACUCAGAAUUGUGUGAUUAAACUUGCAGUUACUCUUUUUAUUUUAUUACAUGGUGAAAAAAACAACUAAAACAUCUUGUGAUCCUGAUUUAGUAUUUCUUCUGACACAAGCGUGCUUCUGUUCACUGCAUGUGUAGAUAGUGCUGUUUCAUGUUGACUUUACAGCUUUGAAGACACUCUGUUAUUUUAUCUCUCAAUGUUCGUGCAGAAACGACGCAAGAAACAUAACAUGACUUUUCCUCUCUUCUUGUUCAUUUUUUAAAAUAAAAACCAUUUUUGAAAUAAUAAA